ACUUCACUUCACUUCACUUUAUUUCUUAAUUAGUCGCUCUCCACCAGAGUGCUCCGAGCGACUUACAAUUUAAAAUAUCAUUCCACAAUAUAAAAACAUUCAACAUAAAAACAUUCAACAUAAAAACUUGCGUGACAAACAAAGAGUUGGACGUCCUGUGACAAGCAAAAGGUUGACAGAUUGAUUCAGGACGAUUGUCGUAUCGCUCAGAGAGAAUUUUCAAGCAUAAUUGGCAUUUCGCAAGAACAUGUGGGUCACAUUAUUGCUUUGUUUGGCUAUCGGAAGAUCUGUGCAUGAUGGGGACUGCGAGACGCCGGUUGCAGAAACAGAGUGUCAACUUCUUCUGUGACGGCUUCAGAAAAUUUGUUCAUCUUUGGCAGAAAUGUAUCCAAUUGUCUGUGAUUAUGUGGAAAAAUGAAUAGUGGUAGUUAAAGAGCACAUUCUAUGGAUUAUUUCUGCAUUUGAUUUAUUAAAAUAUUCUCAUCCAAACCCAACUAACGAAGGUGGAGGCAUUACUGUGCAGGAAAACAGGAUUACGAGGUUGUGUGGAAGAACAAGUUUGGGAGUUCGAACUGGCGAAUUGGUGCAAAUGGGAGGUGUGAUAUCAAAGGGAUUUGACUCUAUAGUGCAGGCAUGGGCAAACUCCGGCCUUCCAGGUGUUUUGGACUUCAACUCCCACAAUUCCUAACAGCCUACCGGCUGUUAGGAAUUGUGGGAGUUGAAGUCCAAAACACCUGGAAGGCCGGAGUUUGCCCAUACCUGCUAUAGUGGGACUGUAGUGAAAUAGUGGGUUCGUGCAAUAAAGUCCACUGUAAUAUCUUUGAGGGAUACCACCAAGGAGCAGAAUGAUAAAUAGCUCUGUUUGCAACCACAGAAUCGACCAUGACUCGAGAUGAGUCUGAAUCCCAUUUUGAGACCAAAAAACCCAUGCCUAUAUAUAGAAGCAGUGACUUUUCUACCUCUGCCAUGUGACAGGCGCUGAACUCUGUCUGAGGCGCAUAUCGUGCUCAAUGGUCACAAGGUGCUCUCUUACUAUUGGGAAAAAAUCAAUGCUGCACGCGCUGACGGCAAGGCAUUUGCAAAAGCCUUCCAGAAGCAUUGUGAUCACGUUACUACUAAGGCUUGCUUUGUGAUCUUGAAAACCCUGAGUUGUUACAGUUUUCAUUUCUAUAUUAAGCCGGAGGUGAGAAACCGGUGGGUGGGUGGCAUCCGUGGUUACGUUAGACUUGUACCUUGCCGAAUUCAGUUGAAGCCAAGACAGAAAUUAGGAAAGCUGUAGAUGUACGACAGCCACUUGCAACAGCAUCAGAAAUAUGGUUGUCCAUUGAACGUGGCCCUCAGAAUGGAGACAAAGAUCUGUCCAUGGCUGUAGCUACACCAGAAGCCGUCUUCAACUGGCUUCUUUUUCAUCAUGCGUUUUUCAUUUGACGAAUCUAGACCCAAAGACACCCUCUUCCUCAGCUUGUCUCUGAAACCGCAUGGCCGUGGCACGUGGAUUGUUUCAUGUGACCAUGUUUCUCCCCAAAAUCAAAUGGCAACGUGUUAAACAUGCUUCUGGAUAAACUCAAAUUCAAGAGGAUGACAAUGGAAGAAUAUCAUCUCUGAAUUGUUACAGAAACAAAUCCAAACAUCUCUAAAGAAAUGAAUCCUCCGAAAAGCCCAAAGAUUUUGUGACCAGCAGCAAUUAUGCAAGAUUUGGUUUCAUAAAAGCCCAAGAGAAUGUCAAGAAAGCGUGUCACACCUGGAUUCUGCAUUUGCUGCUUCUCAAAUUGUCCUAUUUCCUUUCUCAAAUCUUGAGCUGAUCGUCUUACGCUUUUCCAGCACUUUGUGAAAAGCACAAUGGUGGUGGGCGGUGAUGAAUGCAAUGGAGAGAAUGAUUUCUCAAAGCGCUUCUACGCCAUCAUGUACACCAUCAUCCUGGUGCCAGGACUGAUCUGGAACAUUCUAGCUCUCUGGGUGUUUUAUGGCUACAUGAAAGAAACCAAGCGAGCCGUGAUUUUCAUGAUGAACCUCGCUGUGGCGGACUUGGCACAGGUUCUAUCUUUGCCGCUUCGGAUUUUCUAUUACCUGUCCGAAAGCUGGCACCUGGGGAGAGGGGUCUGCAUGUUUUGCUUCUACUUGAAAUACGUCAACAUGUACGCAAGCAUCUUCUUUUUAGUCUGCAUCAGCGUGCGGCGUUUUUUGUUCGUCAUGUACCCCUUCAAGUUCAGUGACUGCAAGCGCAUCUACGACAUCUACAUCUCCUUGGCGGGGUGGGUUGUCGUCUGCCUGGGUUGCCUGCCUUUCCCCCUCCUACGGCUUACCUCCAACGAGACCCACACGAACAACAAAUGUUUCGUGGAUCUUCCCGUUAAGACCGUCGAUGGGACCAUCUCCAUUGUGAUGAUGACCAUUGGCGAACUGGUUGGAUUUGUGACUCCUUUGCUGAUCAUCCUGUACUGUUCAUGGAAGACCGUCUUGUCUCUCAAGGAGAAGAACUUGGUCCCCCAAGACCUUGGAGAGAAACAGAAAGCCCUCAAGAUGAUCCUGACCUGUGCAGUGGUCUUCCUGAUCUGCUUUGCUCCCUACCACGUCAGCUUCCCACUGGAUUACUUGGUGAAAGCCAACAGGAUCAAGGACUGCUACUCUCGAAAGGUGAUCCUGAUAUUCCAUGCAGUGGCCUUGUGCCUUGCCAGCUUGAACUCUUGCGUGGACCCGGUCAUUUAUUAUUUUACCACAGAUGAGUUCCGAAGACGGCUCUCAAGGCAGGAUUUACAGGACAGCAUUCAGCUCCACAACAGGCGCUACGGAAACCAAGUUGACUCAACGCAAGGGGGUGCCAUUGAGGAUGCAAUGGAGAAACCCAAUAGUACUCACUGAUAUGGCUUCAGUGAGCUCAAAAUUGUAUUGGUCAGGCAUGAGUGAGGUUCUGAUAUUCUUGCUAUUCUAUGGACUACUUGACUUUUAAAGAUUCCACUAGUACAGUGGUUCUCAUCGUGUGGCUCACCAAGAGUGUUGGCCUACAACUCCCAGAUAUCCCAGCCAGUUUACCAACUCAGUACUACGGAAUCCUGGGAGCUGUAGUUUGGUCGGGCCCAGCACUCUGUGAAUCCCACAAUUAGUUCUGGAAAUGAUGUUAUGAAUUAAGUGAUUUCAUCAAUACAGUAGAGUCUCAUUUAUCCAACAUAAACGGGCUGGCAGAAUGUUGAAUAAGCGAAUAUGUUGGAUAAUAAGGAGAGAAUAAGAAGAAGCCUAUUAAACACCAAAUUAGGUUAUGAUUUUACAAAUUAAGCACCAAAACAUCAUCUUAUACAACAAAUUUCGCAGAAAAAGUAGUUCAAUACACAGUAAUGCUAUGUAGUGAUUAAUGUAUUUACGAAUUUAGCACCAAAAUAUCAUGAUGUAUUGAAAACAUUGACUACAAAAAUGCGUUGGAUAAUCCAGAAUGUUGGAUAAGUGAGACUCUACUGUAUUUACAGGAGCCCCCAGUGGUGCAGUGGGUUAAACCCUUGUGCCGGCAGGACUGCUGACUUGAAGGUUGGAUUGCUGACCUGAAGGUUGCCGGUUCGAAUCCAGUCCAGGGAGAGCGUGGAUGAGCUCUCUCUAUCAGCUCCAGCUCCAUGCAAGGACUUGAGAGUUUACCAGCUGUUAUUUCUGGGAAUUGAAGCCCAAAACAUCUGGGGACCCACAGGUUGAGGACCACUGCACUAGUAGAUUCUGUUCGGGUGGUAUGCUCUUGUAAGGAGAUUAUCACAUGAAGCAUGCAAAUUGCAAUUCCAGCAGGACACUAUCUUUGCCUUGGAUUUAUCAUAUGACAAUGCUCUUCUUCUCUCCCUGGAAAGUCUUUAAUUUACAAGCACAAAUAUUCAGUUCAUGACCUCCUGUUUCUUUCCUUCCCAUGAUCUCCCAACGGGAUGAGGAAUGACACCAUGUGAUAAGUCUCACUAUUAUCCUGCUGUAAUUGUGAUCCACCUGCCUCGUGUGAUACGAUCCUAUGUUUUCCUAUGGAUAUGCCUGUUCUUCUUUGGGC